UCUUAUCCAGCAAACGAUCUGAACUUCGAUCCCACAUCAAUAUAAAACUCGAGUCAGACAACAGUUGCACCUUUAUUUUUCUAGCGGGCUCCACAUUUUGAUACUUUGACAAAGGGGGACAUCAUUUUUAGGGAGGAAAAUGGACACUAAGCAGUUAUUUCUGGUGGUUUUGGUCAUUUUAGUUGCACCAAUCCACUCGAGUGCGCAGCAGUCUGAAGGAGAAAAUGGCUGUCACGAAGGAUGCGUAAGCGGGUGUUACGGGCCCGGUCAAGACGAGUGUUGUCAUGAACAGUGCCUAAGUGGAUGCACCGAUGGAGCAGACACAGGAUGCACCGAGUGCUUGAACGUGAACCUGAACGGGGCAUGCCGGGACAACUGUGGGUCACCAUUCAUGUACAAUGAUGUGACGUUUGAAUUGGAGCCCAAUCCGGAUUUCCUAUUCCAGUAUGGACGCGAGUGCGUAGAAAGAUGUCCAAAAUUUGUAUCAACUGAACUUGAGAGGUGUGUGGACCAAUGCAGACCAGGGUAUAGAAAGGAAGGGGACCAGUGCGUCAAGUGUGGUGGAGCGUGCCCACGGGAAGGAGCCACAAAUCCUCUAAUAAGGGACCAGUGUGAUGGCGUCAAGCCGUACCCGUGGGGUGUGAUCAACAGAAAGAACCGCCCAACCGGUAACGUGACAUGUACACAGGUGCUGAUUGGUUCACCUGGUAGUACGCUUCAGCUCAAGUUUCGAGACAUAGAUGUUCACAAUGCAAUCGAUGAAAAGCUUGUUAUUAGCGCGGACGGAUUCAAACAAUGUUUUGACAGGGACUCGUACGCUUCGAGCCUGACCCUACGUGCCAGCGUCGCCGUGGUUCAGCACCGUACCUUUGCGAGUGGCCACGGGUUCGUCCUCGAGUAUGACUUCACUGCGGGGAGCGAGGAACCCACUUGGGGUUGUGACGUCAUGCUGACGAGCAGCCAGGGAGCCUUCUCAAGUCCCGAAUACCCGAGUAAAUACAAGGCUAGGGAGCAGUGUGUAUACCAGAUCGUAGUGGACCCGGGAUAUCGUGUGGCCAUCACAUUCCAAAGGUUCUACAUGCAGGGGGACGAGCCCGCUUGUCUCGCUGAUAAGUUAGAGAUGACUGAGCCUAUACUUGGGACUACGGUGACCCACUGCGGCCGUAAGAGACCACCGUUCACCAUCACCUCCCAGACAAACUACGUUGUGCUAAAAUUCACAUCUGACGAACUAAAGAACUUCAAAGGUUUCACUGCAACCUAUGAGGCUGUCGAAGCGACAGAGGGCGUAGAAGAACCCUAGUUCUACAAUAAUAUAGAUAUAUUGUUUGUUUUUAUUUUUAGACAACGCAAAGUGUAAACUAGUCUAGGCUCAAGACGUCAGUGAUCGAUAGUGGAUAGGCUCAGUUGAAAAUCGCUACAGCGCGCCAUCCUACGGGAUGAAUAAGCCAGCUAGACCCAACUGAGCGUAUAUGUACAUAUCCACUUUCGAUUACUGGUGUUUUGGGCCAAGACUUGGUGUGAACGAGCUAUAGAUAGAAAGUUAGAAACAGUGUGUUUAAACAGCCCUAUAGUAUGCACUAAACAUUUCGAAUAAUUAAAAGCUUUACUGUUCUACAUCGACACUUUGGCAAAGAUCCCACGAAGAGAUAAACACGGGUUGUUUAUUUAAAGCCAGUGGACACUAUUGGUAAUUGUCAAAGACUUCCCUUUACAGUUGAUGUUUCUCGACACAUGCAUAAAAUAACAAACCUGUACAAAUUUGAGCUCAAUCAGUCGUCCAAUUUGCGAGAUAUUAA